AUGAUUGUAGAGAAAAAGAAGAAAAGGGUAUCAAAAAGGAAUAAGACGGCAUGGCGCAAACAUAGUGAUAUUCGUGAUGUAGAGGAGUUUUUAGAAGAACAAAGAUUAGAAGAACGACUUGGUCGUUUUGAUACUAAGAAGGAUGAUGAAUUGUUUGUCGUUGACACGCAAGGUGAUGGAGAUAAAGAAGACAAGCCUGAUAUUAAGCCAUUAUCAGCCAAGCAACAGAAAAGAGCCAAACUUAAUGAGACUCCUAGAUGUUUCCAAAUAUUGCUAUCUUCAUCUAAGGUGGAAGAUCCGAAUAAAAAACGUAAUAUUGUGAAAGGUUUUGGAACCAAACCAACUGCUUUGUCUAAAUUAACAUUAAAGAGGAAAAUUGAAAAUGGUUCUUUACAAAAGAAAAUUCAACUUGUAAAAAAGAAUAUGAAAAUUGCAAGAGAAAGAAAGAAAAAAUCAAAGGUUGUUAGAGAAACAUUUGAUAAGAAUUUGUGGGGUCAAGAUUCACUAGAAGUAAAAGGCAUCCCAGAAACAUUGUGUGAAGAGUUUAUAUCUACUGAAGCCCAGUUACACAAUGUUCUAACAAAACAACGUCUUAGACCCAAACCAACCCCUCCCAAGACAGUGGUCACUAGAGUUGCUAUCGAGACACCACACCCUGGUGUCAGUUACAAUCCUACUUUCAAGGAGCAUCAAGAGUUGCUUCAAGAUGUGGUAAAAUAUGAAGAGAAAAUGAUGAAGAAGGAGGCUCACUUAAACCGAGUCACCACUAAAAUGUUCAGAAAGAUCUCUGCUAAAUCUAAAGAGAACCAAUGGAUAGAAGAGAUGAGUGUUGGUUUUCAACCUAGCAGACCUCAAGACGAAUCAGACGUCAGCGACAAUGAAUAUAGGGCUGUCAACGCACCAGUCCAAAAUAAGAAAAAAGACCAUAAAGCUCGGCGCAAGCAGAAAGAGAUGAUCUUGGAAAAAGAAAGGCUUAAACGACAGAAGAUUGAUAAAAAGAAAAUUACUGAUAUUUACAAACUCCGCAAAUUGAACACAUCAAUAUCGACGAAAGAAAAGCGUUUGGAGUCGGAACGCAAGAAACGUGAAAGCAAGAAGCAGGCCGAGGCGAAGACGGCAUUGCCUGCCCUCAACGCCCAUAAGGCUCCUGUUAAAGAACCAGACUUUGUUCCCCCGGAACAACUUUCUGGCGACUUACGGUCCCUGGAUGCAAGCACAAAUCUCCUUCGAGAUCGAUUUGAGUCGCUCCAAAGACGUGGAGCACUUGCUGCUUCCAAGGUGAUGAUGAAGAAGAAUCGUAAGAUCAAGAGUUACUUCAAGGCUGGCCACAAAGUCACAGAUCAAGAUGUCGAGAAAUACAUGCAGAAUCUAAAUAAGAAAGUGAAAAUAUCAAAGUAA